UGCACGUCGCACUUUUUACAAUUUGUACAACACACUUUCUCAUCUAAAAUGUGUACACCAGAUUCAUCAAUCACCUUUUAUGUAGUUUGCUAGAUGACAUAGGCCUACAGAGUUUUUUUCUGAUUUGGAUAUUAAGUAUUAUACAGUAAAGCGGCGCAAGAAUGGGCUAUCUGUGGAUGACAUUGAUUUUCGUGUUUAUUUCGUACGGCGUACCACAUCUCAAUACCGGCGGCGACUUUUAUAAAAUUGUGGACGGGAGUUUUAAGAAUGUUGACAGUAAUAAUGAUGGUUACAUAGAAAAACACGAGUUUAAUACCACAAUCAAUACAGCAGACAGCGACAAAGAUGGAUGCCUGACACUGAAAGAGUACAAAGGUUUCUCGGCAGGAGGUCCACAAAUUGCCACUAGAAUAUACAAGCAUUUUGACAAAUUAAGAAAAAACUGUAUUAAAGUGGAAAAUGUUGCCUCUCAGUUUGCUGUCAUGGACCAGGAAAAAAAUGGAAAUGUGACCAAGAGCGAGUUUCGGCAGUACUACGUGAAUCUGUUGCAGAUACUCUUCCCACCAGUUUAAACAGAUAGUCAGCAUUUCCCGUUGGACAAGUGUUUAUUCUAAGAAUAAAAAAUUAUAUAUAUAUAUA